AUGACGCUCAAGAAGAUUGACCACGAGUUCACGUAUGAGGAGUUGUCUUACGAUGCGAAGCCAAACUACCAGCCAUGCAUCAAGCUGACAUUCUUCUUCAACAAGCUCCCACACGUCAGCCAUGAGAUGUUCCACCGCCAUUGGGAAACAGUUCAUGCAGAUUUGACAGUGGCAAGCAAAGACUUUGGAGCAUGUAACCUCCAAAGAUACGUACAGUUCCACCAACCGCCGGAGGUGAAAGAGAGGGUAAAGGCGCUUGGGAUGGAUCUGCUGGACUUUGAUGGCUGCUCUGAGAUUUGGGUCAAGACUUGGGAGGACUGGGAACGCUUUGCUUCGAGCCCUAGAUAUGCUGAGGUGCUGGGGCCUGAUUGUAAACACUUUAUGGAUAUGCCAAUCAAAGUAAUGGCGGGCUACGACAAUAUCAUCUAUGGGCCGGCUCUGCCAGGCGGUAAGGAUGGCAUCAUGGAGUUGAAGCAAUAG